UUUCCCCUCCUAUCUAAUGGUUCGCGAUCCGUUCCAGGUUUUGCGGCUGACUCUGCCUCUGAAUUUCGGCGGUGCACUGGGUAGCACGUUUCUCUCUCCCUCCCUCCUUUCUCCAGUGUCAGUCUCCAGGAUUUUCUCUCUUCCUAUUUCAAGAAGACUCGCACAGGCUCCCCCAGUCUGUGUGAAGCUGAGGUUUCCCCUGGAUCCCGUACAUCUCCAUCACAUACCUCCACGCACACUCCUCCCCGAGAGCCCAGCGCUCACACCCACAAACACGCGCGCACACACUCGCGCCGGCCUGUCCAUCUCCCUCCGGGGGGGAGCCGGCGCGCGGUCCCACCUUCGUCGCACACACUGGCCAGGCGAGCUCGCAGCGCUCCACGACUCUGCGGCUCGGAACUCGGACCGCUGCUCUGAACGCCCCCACUGUGGUAUUUUAAAAAAAGAAAAAAAGACAUUUCUUUGCCUUCUCCUCCUCUCUCGCCUUUCUCGCACCGUUUUCUACCCGAGCGGCUAGCCGAGCCGGCUGCAUUCCCAAGCCAGCCCUGGUUGGCUUGCCAUCCUCCAUCUGGCUUAUAAAAGUUUGCUGAGCGCAGUCCAGAGAGCUGCGCGCCUCGUCCCCUCGGCUGGCGGAAGGGGGUGACGCUGGGCAGCGGCUAAGGAGCGCGCCGCAGGCUCUGGCGGGCUUUCGGCUCCAGGGGCAAGGUGAAGAGCGAGCGCGCAGGGAGCUGGGGGCUGCCGAGGUGGACUUGCACGUUGCACCAUGCCUUCUUGGAUCCGGGCUGUGAUUCUUCCUCUCUCCGGGCUGCUGCUGUCCCUCCCGGCCGCGGCGGACGUGAAGGCUCGGAGCUGUAGCGAGGUCCGCCAGGCUUACGGUGCCAAGGGAUUCAGCCUAGCGGACAUCCCCUACCAGGAGAUCGCAGGGGAGCACUUACGCAUCUGUCCUCAGGAAUAUACGUGCUGUACCACAGAAAUGGAAGACAAGUUAAGCCAACAGAGCAAACUCGAGUUUGAAAACCUCGUAGAAGAGACAAGCCAUUUUGUGCGUACCACGUUUGUGUCAAGGCACAAGAAAUUUGAUGAAUUUUUCCGAGAGCUGCUGGAGAAUGCAGAGAAGUCCCUAAAUGACAUGUUUGUCCGGACCUAUGGCAUGCUGUAUAUGCAGAAUUCGGAGGUAUUUCAGGACCUCUUCACUGAACUGAAAAGAUAUUACACAGGGGGUAACGUCAACCUGGAGGAGAUGCUGAAUGACUUCUGGGCUCGGCUCCUGGAGCGGAUGUUCCAGCUGAUAAACCCCCAAUAUCACUUCAGCGAGGACUACCUGGAAUGUGUGAGCAAGUACACAGACCAGCUGAAACCCUUCGGAGACGUGCCCCGGAAACUGAAGAUUCAGGUCACGCGCGCCUUCAUUGCUGCUCGCACCUUCGUCCAGGGCCUGACAGUGGGCAGAGAAGUUGCCAAUCGAGUUUCCAAGGUGAGCCCCACCCCUGGGUGCAUCCGGGCUCUCAUGAAGAUGCUGUACUGCCCAUAUUGCCGAGGCUUGCCUACCGUGAGACCUUGCAACAACUACUGCCUCAACGUCAUGAAGGGCUGUCUAGCCAACCAGGCGGAUCUGGACACUGAGUGGAAUCUGUUCAUAGAUGCAAUGCUCUUGGUAGCAGAGAGACUGGAAGGGCCGUUCAACAUUGAAUCAGUCAUGGAUCCAAUAGACGUCAAGAUCUCCGAAGCCAUCAUGAACAUGCAAGAAAACAGCAUGCAGGUGUCGGCGAAGGUCUUUCAGGGCUGUGGCCAGCCCAAACCUGCUCCAGCUCUCAGAUCCGCUCGCUCGGCUCCAGAAAAUUUUAACACCCGUUUUCGUCCCUACAACCCUGAGGAAAGACCCACAACUGCAGCGGGCACGAGCUUGGACAGGCUGGUCACAGACAUCAAAGAGAAACUGAAGCUCUCUAAAAAGGUCUGGUCGGCAUUGCCCUACACCAUCUGCAAGGAUGAGGGCGUGACAGCGGGCACGUCCAACGAGGAAGAGUGCUGGAACGGACAGAGCAAAGCCAGAUACUUGCCUGAGAUCAUGAACGACGGGCUGACCAACCAAAUCAACAAUCCUGAGGUGGAGGUGGACAUCACGCGGCCCGACACUUUCAUCAGACAGCAGAUCAUGGCUCUCCGGGUGAUGACCAACAAGCUGAAGAACGCCUACAACGGCAAUGACGUCAACUUCCAAGACACAAGUGAUGAAUCCAGUGGCUCAGGCAGCGGCAGCGGGUGCAUGGAUGACGUGUGUCCCACGGAGUUUGAGUUUGUCACCACCGAGGCCCCUGCAGUGGACCCAGACCGGAGAGAAGAGGAAUCUUCGGCAGCGCAGGGUAGCUACUCCCUGCUCUCCUGGCCUCUGGUCUGCAUGGUCCUGACCCUGCAGAGACUCCACAGAUAAUCGCGGGCUUUGGUCAAAUGAAACUGCAGUUUAGCUCUUCAGUGGCCAACUCCCUUCUUUUCUUACACUCUUGGACAACGGACCAUGCCACAAAAACUCGCCGUUUUCUAUGACAAGAGGGCAGUCUUGCAACCUGCCUCCCUUUUUGUUUUCCCAAAGAGUACCAGGUGCCAGAGGAUCUGCUUCUGCCCUUCAGCUAUCUGUGCGGACCUUGUUUAUUCCAGAGAGAAUUCUUACUCAAAUCUUUCGUACCAAGAGAUUUUUUCUUACCGUCAUUUGCUUUUAUGCUGCAAAAUUAAAGGAAUUUCACAUUGUAAGGGUUUUUUUUUCUAACACCCCACUUAGAAUAAUAUAAGAUAGAAAGAAAAUAAUUUUCCGUUUCAAAUCAGGCAAAACCCCAAGACAACUGCCUUUUCAACAAGGAAGCGAAUAAAGGAGAGAAAAAUAGAGGAACUCUCAUGCUAUCAGGUUUGGCGAUGACAGCCUGGAGCGAGCUUUUCUGUGACAAGCCAAGUUUACAAAAUGCUUCUGAGGAGAAGCGUAACAUUUUUUAAUGUGGUGGAAAUACGCUGUUGUCUUGGAGGUAUUGUCUUGCACUCAGCCCAAACCGAUUUGGAGGUACUGAUAGUAAAUUUAGGAUUCUGUCUUUAUACAGCGGUAAUCUUACUGCGACUUGACACCUCUCUUUCACCCGCCUGAUGGCGCUCACUGAUGGCAGCAUUUUCUGUCUCCUCACACCUGUCCAUUGUAGCCAGUUGGCACCGAUUGUCUUCAGUUCUUCAUGGAUGCCCCUGUCAAGUCUCCUUCCUCCUAGGUCUUGACUAAGAAUCAUCUUCAUUGGUACAGUCUCUACAUUGGCCACCAGUCUGACAUGAAUUAGACAUCUCAGCUCCUCGGCUCCUGACUGUCCCCCAAAUAAGAGUUCUCUUACUGACAAUGACAAUUAGCUCCACACAUGAGCUUUUGUUACAGACUCUUUGAUUUGUGUCAAUUGGUUUCUGCAUCACGAGGGCAUUCUCUUACAAAAUAACUCACAGCAACAACAAAAAACUCAAGAUAAAAAUAGAGAGAAAAAAACACUAUAUAUAUAGUAUUGACAUGGAGAUUUCUUUCACUUUUUUAGUCUUAGUAUGAUCAUCUAUUUUUAUAUCAAUAUAUAUAUAUAAAUCACAGAUUUUAACUUCUUAAUUCCAAGCUCAGGGUUGACACUCCUUUGUAACAAAACUGUUUUGUCAACCAGCUCUUCUUGUUUUGUGCUGCUCAGAGAAAGGAUUCCUCAGUGAUCUGUGAGCACCAAGAAUCAAGAAAGAGAACUUUUUAUGUAUCUAACUGUCCAUCUAUUCCAAGUUUGCCAGGGCACACCCUUUUCACACAAGUGUGUUUUGUCCCUGGUGCUCCAAACUGUCCUGAGCUCAUGGGACAAGCCCUGGUGUGCAAGAUGUUACUGGCAAUGGAAUGUGUGUGUGUAAAGAAUGUUAUUCACGAAACACCAUUGCUCUCAUGUACAACACCUUUGGCCUAGGACUCCUGAUGGGUACUAUAGUAGAUGACCUAAACUCAGCUACAGCCUAACCUCCCCACAAAGCCAGGCCCAAUGCUUCCCCCGUCAGAGAGAAAAAAACAAAACAAAACAAAACCGGGGUUAUAAGAAGACAGUUGGCUAGCCAUGUGGUU